GUCCAUACGAAGUCAUCGUUUUAUCGUUGUUGUCUACAUAUCAACAUAUGUAUUAUCGCUAGUAGAAACAUAUAUUUGUUCAAGACCUUCCAAACGAACUUUAAAUACCGCAAAUGGAAAUAUAUUCGUAUGGAAAGUCCUAUCUUGGAAACUGAUCGUGACAAGAAAGGAUAAUGGCCCACAUCACCCCACAUUAUUUUGUCACGUGGAACACGAUCGACAGAAGGUAUCAAAGCAAACUUCAAUGAAAUAUAAGAGAACGUGCUACAACCCUUUGUUAUUUGGAACACACCUUGGAAUAUACAGAAUGCGAAGCAUAUGUGGCAAAACACUGGGACCCGGUUUUCUUCCAUUUCGUGUUUGGCCUUUCUAUUCCCUACUUUUGUUUUUUGAGUUCAAAGUCUCUAUGGCGCAGAGUCCAGCUAAAAUCUUACAAUCUCCAUUGGACACAAAAGCAAUUGCCGGUGAAUCCGUGCUGUUCUUCUGUCAAGCAGAAGGAAACCCGACUCCACGUAUCACUUUUCGUUGGAACGAUAAUGAGCUUACUUCGAAUCGACCAGGACUGCAAAUUAAAACUGUGGCUGCAGAUAGCGUUUCGCUGAGAGCAAAGUUGGAAAUAGAACACAAUGGGGACACAGUCACGUGCUCCGCCAGAAACCAUGUUGGGUCCAACUCGGCCACGGCUCAAAUUACCGUGUACAGCGCGAACGAAACCCCACCAAAAGGAUUUCCAAAAAUUAUUCAGGAUCCUUCGGCUACGAUAAGCCAAGUUGGCUCAUCUGCCCAGCUCCAUUGUGAUGUGUCCGCAGACCCUCCCGCUACCGUCUCCUGGAUCAGGGACCAGUUUUACCCUGUAGAUAUGACAGCUCCAAGAUUUCGUUUGAUAGGAACCGGGUCUUUGGUAAUUGAGACGCUGUUAGAAGAAGACUCAGGCUCCUACGAAUGUAUGGCGCGAAAUUUAGUUGGAACUGUGUUGAGCAAUUCGGGACACCUGCAUGUGCGCACCAAUUUAACGAUUGCUUAUCAUUUUCUGCAACAACAAGGAAUUCAAUUUCCACCAAUCAUUAACGAAAUGCCAGAGAAGGUUUAUGUUCCACCGGGGCAAAGCACAAAUCUUUCAUGUCGCGCUGGUGGAUUUCCUGUGCCCAUGGUAUGGUGGUCCACCAUGGGAGCUCCAGCAGGUCCACGAAAUACCAGACCAAUUUUGCUUACCGAACGCCCGUUAACAAUUCCGCAACCGCAUGAAGGUACUUUGCGGCUCACUGAUAUAACCGAGACCCAUGACUACUAUUGCAUUGCUAAGAACAGUUUGGGUUUAGUACGAAGAAACGUCAGUGUUACUGUUAAAGAAUAUCCUGCGGCACCUACUGAACUGGAUGCAAGACCCAUUGGGAGUACCUUUGCUGUUCUUCGAUGGAAAGCUAGUAGCUCCCCAGACGUGGACUUCUACACCAUUGACUUGGCAAAGAAGGAGGAUAAGCUGGAGAAUGUCGGUCGUCGGCAGUUUACUGAUAUUCUUCACCCAUAUAUGAUCAACUUAAGUUCGGGAGAAGGACUGCACAUGUCAUAUAAUAUGACCAAUUUGUCGCAUUAUACGGAGUACGUCGCAAAUGUGUAUGCUGUCAGUCGAAUCUCCGGAACAUCGGCACCCAGUAAACCAGUUGAAUUUCGUACGGCUGAGCUGGCACCUGGGUCUCCGCCUCAGACGUUGCGUGCCACGGUGGUGUCUCCAAACUCGAUCACAGUCGCUUGGAGGCCGCCUACGGAAUCCAAUGGGCGCAUUACGGGAUACAAAGUGUACUUCACCACAAGGCCAGAAGAUCCGCUCAGUUCUUGGCUUGUAUCUCGCACAACCGAAGAACGCCUUCAGCUGACCCAGUUGGUACCCAAUGCUACAUACUAUCUGCGGGCGAGCGCUUACAACACCGCAGGUGAUGGUCCCAUCAGUGAACAGUUGCCAGUCGUCAUUACACCAGGAGUUCCUUCAGCACCAAUCGAAUUCCAAGGCGAAUCCACUGACCCAACAACAAUUCGUGUGCGCUGGAAAACACCUGAUGUUCCAGAUGGAAGAAGUUUACAAGACUAUCAACUUCGUUAUUAUGCACUCGAAAGUGCAAUGGAAGAACCCGUUCAAAGCGUACAAACUUUUUCGCUUGGUCCGGAGUCAACCGAAUACGUUAUGCAGCACCUGCACCCGAGCACUUCUUAUCACAUCAGUCUUGCUGGUCGCACUGCGAACGGAAUUGGGGUGAGAUCGCAAAUAGAGGUGACAACGAAGGAUCGGCCAUUUGAGCUACCUGCUCCAACCGGGCUUCAUUUACACUCUUUGACAAGUGAUAGCGCCAAGCUUUGUUGGUCACGACCAAAUCUGCCUCGAUCCACACACACCACGCUGGCUUACGAACUACUGUUUGGCAAUUCCAUUGAUACACUUGACCCGGAAAAUGCCACUGCAGUGAUCACACUCCCUCUGUCCAUCUGUUGUUGCUUCUCUUUGAUGCACUUGACCCCGGGGACAAGUUACCACGUUUGGCUUCGCCUCACUCAACAGCAAGUCGGCGGCCAUAACACCCAAGUAAAAGUAACCAAUCAAGCACAACUAGCGCCGUGGAUUACAUCCCCGUCCAACCGAUUCUUAGGGCCAGUGUCCGAACUACAAGUCUUUUCCACAUUGAAGACUGUGCCUCAAAUGCCUCGAGGAAGGAACGUAAUUGUGCGCGGACCAUCCGAAAUCCAAGUCACAUGGCAGGGCCCAAUAGAGCGCUUGUCCGACAUACAGCACUACAAGUUGGCGUGGAAUUGUCUUAGCUGUACUACGCUUCAAAACGGCGCUUCGCAUUCGCAAACAGGAGGCCAGAGGAAGGUUCUGGCCAACUAUGGAUCCAAUCCGGAACACCUGUACAGUGCCACUAUUGAUGAUCUCAGUCCUGAUACAUCCUACGAGGUCAGCGUGACAGCAGCUAAUCUGCGAGUUGUUGGCGAGCCGUACGUGUUCCCUGUAGUACGAACUCCGACUCAAACGCCUAUGAAACCGAAAAACUUGCAUUUGGUCGGCAUUCACAAGCGGCCAAUACCUCAGCCUGCUUCUUCGGAGCGAUUGGGGCCUCACAAAAAGACUGAGCUCUCUUAUCUGUCGGUUGAGCUUGCAUGGGAUCCUCCAGAAGGAUUAAGAACAAGUCAACAGAUCACUUACCAAGUAGCUGCUCGACUUGUUGGUCCGUCAGACCACAUUGCAGAACUUUCCGAGCAGUCAGGCUUCGGUGCUGGUGAUAUAACUGGGAGCAAUAAUUUUGGAGAAUUCAGUGGUUUUGAGGAUACAUUUUUGAAUGAGAAGGCUCUGCACCAUCCGCUUUUGCAAAGAAGGCUGCUGGCAAACGUGACAGGCAAUACCUUUCGCUCCUCUGAAAAUGACGACAUCGGAUACGGAGCUACAUACUUAUUCGAAGUUUCCCUCCUGAAUGACUCUGCGACCGGGCCGCCGACGAUGCUGAACGUAACCACACCGGAUGCACCCCCUUCCACUAGCCCUGUCCACUUGCGACUCAGCGGACUGUCUUCCAGUGCGGUGGAGAUGAGUUGGGCUCCUCCACCAGUGCAAUCCAGGAACGGGCAUAUAACUGGCUAUCAGGUGCGUUAUUUUGAAGUGGGCGCCGAGUCGCAGACUGAAACCAUGGCCAAAGUGACAGUACCAGGACAGAGACAGUACAUCGCUAAAGACUUAAAAGAGAAAACGUACUACACAUUCAUGGUGCGAGCAUUCACCUCAGCUGGUCCGGGUCCGUGGUCAGGUGCCAGCAACAUACGAACAAGUGUGGAACUCCCUCCACCACCAUCGGACAUAAAGGCCACCCGUAUUAACCAGCAUCAAAUUAAAGUGACCUGGAGCAUUCCGACCGUGGAGGAAUCGGGUGGCACUUCCCCAUAUGUAUCGAUCCAGGGAUUUCGCCUACUCUACUCUUCCAAUGAUAACCCUUACGAGGCUGGUCAGUGGACUUCAUUCGACGUCGGCCCGGUAAAUAUGGCUAUUAUCAGUCACCUUGAGAGCAAGGCCACUUAUGUGGUAUGCAUUAAAUCUCGUGGACAGGAUGGUCGCUACGGCGAUUGUAGUCAGCCCAUUAUCAGUCGGAAUGUUGUGAUGGGAGAGGAACCCGAAUUCUCCGUACGCAAUUUGCUAUGCACCGGUGAAGAAACAAGUGUGAAAGUAACAUGGCAACAGCCAGUUCGAACGAAGCAACUGGAAGGUUUUAAGCUUCGGGUUGGUGGUUCCAAACGGUUCGCGGACAGUUCUGGAGUAAUUCGAACCCUCGAAUUCCCCGCACGCAGUGUCAGCGUACCGUAUGCAGCCAUUCAUUCGGGUUACACAUACACGGUGAGCGAUCUCGAGCCGAACAGCGUUUACGAUGUCCAACUAAGCACUUACUACGAAUUGACUCUGAGCAUGGAAAGCAACUGGGAAACGACUAGCUGUUAUACACAAAUGCAACGCCCGGCAUUUGUCCCAACUCCUAUCGCUGUGGCGACAUCUCCAGCACGACGUCAAGUCCUCUUGCAGCUUACACGUGUAACCGAGCGGUUUGGGAAGAUUAGACACUACUUCCUUGUUGUUGCACCCGUGCAUUUGGCAAAUGGAGAAACAGAUAAGAUUGACAUUGAACAGGUUAUUACCUCUUCACGAGGAUUGCCCAGCUCCACGACAAGGUACGUUGCUGCCAAAUACCAGCAGGAUUAUUUCAAUCCUCCACCAAGGCAAACCAGGAAUUUCACCCUCGGUGGGCCGGUAAAUUUCAGAUUACGAGUGCUUCGUUCCGCUCCUGAAUGGAACAUUACCCGUCCGAAAAGGCAUGACGGGGUGGACAAAUUCUCCGACCCAGUUGACGAUGAAAUCAAUUUCGACAACAAGAUUCUAUUUGAUGGACAAGAAUACAAAGCUUUCGUCCAGGCAUGCGUAUUCCAAAUCGAUCACUUGAGCCCCAGUGGACCCAAUUCAUGUACUUCCUCCAGCUGGUCUCCAGGCUUUGGGCCAGACCGCGAGCUUGUCCCCUGGAAUCAAGCACACGAAGGGCAACCCUCGGCUUACGAUGAACUUGAUCCACAGAUACGGGGAUCAUUCAAUGGGGAGGCAAGAAACAAAGGUCUUUCGGGACUCAACAUAGUCGGAAAUGACUUCUUCCUCAUUCUGCUGGUCGCCGUAAUUGUUGGGCUGGCUCUGGUGGCCGUAGUUUGUGUUGCUUUUGGCUGCUUCGUGAAACAAAGACGGCGCCCGAAACUGCUAGGUCACUCUGCCAUGGUGGAUCCCGGUAUGAAACAACCACUCAUUUGUAUGAACGAAUGCGGGCCGUCUAACGGGAACAAGCUAACAAUAGCAACAAGCGGUGGCGAUUUGAUCACCGCGAACAUGAAUGCACAGACAAGCAGCUCACUUUUAUGUGAGCAGCGUAUGGGUGGGAGCUCUAUAUUGUGUCCAGGGAGCGCGAUUUCAACCCAAAGCAUGCCAGCCUCCCCACCAAUGGUGCCCCACUCGUCCCUACUGUCCUCAAUGACGGCCAGCGGGCAAGUUGGAUUGGCGACUUCAGGAACCUCAAGCCCAAUGACAGAGCUGUCGCAUCUGAACCACAUACACCACCAAGCCCAUGGACAGAUGUGUCACGUGUCUCGGCAGCACUCGCAUCUUUCCGGUGGAUAUUGUGAUAUAAAUAGCUCCGUUCAUGGACAUCGGAUUCCAGCUGUGGGUCCUUUUCUUGCAAACCGCGGUGGUACCUUGGGUAGCCACAGUGGAAGUCAUCCGAGCUCAUUGACUGGUGCACCUAGCACAGCCUUCGGUUCCAACUUGACAAACGUAAUCAAUUUCGGAGCAGACGAUAGUGGUACGUGCGAUGGUUUGGUAAUAGCACACAGCGGGCUAUCUGGACUAGAUGACGGACAAGAUACAAGAUAUGGUCUGCAUUCCUUGUCUCGCGUCACGAAAGGAACCACUAUAAAGCAACCAAUCCCAAUAGGCCGUCUGGCUGAACAUGUGGCCCGACUAUCCGCAGCGGAUAACCUGCUGUUUUCUCAGGAAUAUGAAUCUAUCGAAACGGACCAGCAUUUCACUUGGGAAAAUUCGAACAUGGAAGUUAAUAAACCAAAGAAUCGUUAUGCAAACGUGAUCGCUUACGAUCAUUCCAGAGUCAUUCUGCAAUCAAUCGAGUCUGUACCCGGAUCUGACUAUAUCAACGCCAACUACAUAGAUGGUUACAAGAAACCCAACGCCUAUAUCGCCACUCAGGGUCCCAUGCCCGAAACCUACUCGGAUUUCUGGAGAAUGAUUUGGGAGCAACGAGUUUUCAUUAUUGUAAUGAUGACCAGGUUGGAAGAACGAGCACGAAUCAAAUGUGAUUUAUACUGGCCCACCAGAGGACCCGAGUCGUAUGCCAGUGGUUUACUAACAGUCACCCCAACCGAAACGGUUGAAUUGGCAUACUAUACUAUCCGAACAUUCAAUGUAACGGCAAGAGGGAUUGACGAUGAGUGUCGUGAGGUACGCCAAUUCCAGUUCACAAGUUGGCCUGACCAUGGAGUCCCUGAAUACCCUAUACCUCUGCUUCUAUUCAUCCGGAGGGUUCGUGCUGCCCUAGCAACCAGUAUUUCUACGACAUCGGUACACGGACAGCCAAACUUGAUUGAACAAGGGCCCAUCGUUGUGCAUUGUUCCGCCGGAGUCGGAAGGACCGGCGCUUUCGUUGUGAUUGACAUAAUGCUUGAACGAAUCAAAUAUGAGAAAACUGUUGACAUUUACGGUUGCGUUAAGGCGAUUCGCUCGCAACGUAAUUUUAUGGUACAAACGGAAGACCAGUACAUUUUCAUUCAUUCUGCACUGCUGGAGGCGAUCGACGCUGGAAACACGGAGGUUCCUGCCCGUAGCCUGAUCGCACAUGUGAAGAAACUCCGAUUGUUGGACUCCACUCGUGGAUCUGGCAUGGAGCUGGAGUAUAAGGAAUUACAACUGUUUCGGUUGCCAAAUGCGAAAUACACAUCAGCUCAACAAGCUUCUAACCGGAACAAAAAUCGUAUGCUAAAUGUGCUUCCCUAUGAGAGCACUCGAGUUACACUGCAACCAAUCCGCGGAGUAGAUGGUUCUGACUAUGUGAACGCCAACUUCGUUGAUGGCUAUCGUGAGCGCCGAGCUUACAUCGCUACACAAGGUCCAUUGGCAAAAACAGUGGAAGACUUUUGGCGCAUGGUGUGGGAGUAUAACUCGACGAUUGUAGUGAUGCUUACCAAGUUAGUGGAACGUGGCCGGGAGUGCUGUCAUCCAUACUGGCCGGCUGAGAGAUCUGCUCGCUACCAAUACUACGUGGUUGAUCCAAUGGUCGAGUACGACAUGCCAAAUUACACUCUACGCGAGUUCAAACUUACCGAUGCUCGAGACGGCCAAUCACGCACUUUGCGCCAAUUUCAGUUCACAGAUUGGCCAGAGCACGGGAUACCCAGCUCGUGCGAAGUUUUCAUCGAAUUUCUUGGACAGGUCCACAAGACAAAAGAGCAAUUUGGACAAGAUGGUCCAAUCACAGUGCAUUGCAGCACUGGCACUGGAAGGACAGGAGUAUUCCUUGCCUUGUCCAUCGUCCUGGAACGCAUGCGGUACGAAGGGGUCGUGGAUAUGUUUCAAACUGUCCGAAUGCUCAGAACACAGAGACCCGGUUUGAUUGAUACAGAAGAGCAGUACCAAUUCUGCUACGAUGCUGCUUUGGAAUACCUGUCUUCUUUCGACCAUUACACCAACUGAGUACUGUGUGCAUUUCGACUUCCUCCAUCUGUGCCGAAAAUAUGUUUAAUGCCCACUUGUGUCCACAGUAUCACCCCUAUAUUCAAACAGCACCAAGUGAUAAUUUCGCAGUUUUUGACCCGUAAGCGGGAUUCGUUGAAGACUACGUUUGCUUUCCGGAGGUCUUCUCAAAUACUCAAAAACCUCAAAGCUGCGGAUGCUGCAAACACACCCUUACCGACAGGGUUUCUCUACUGACGAAUGUCCACAACCGAGUGUUACCGCUUUUGACAAAAGCGCACCCUGUGCUAUCAGGUGACUAAAAGAUGAGCAUCAGCUAUCUAGGGGCAGCAACUGUUUGCUAAACAAGUAAGGAGAAUUUGUUACUACACUGAUUGUGUCCAUGAUGUAUCCAUUUCUGUACAGCAACUGGCUACUUACAAUCCGGUACUUUUUAAACACUGCAAAGCCAGUUCACCCCUGUCUAUAUCGGCAGUUUGCACAAGAUGUAAUUACUUGAUUCAGGAAAGCUUUCUUCAUUUCUGAAUUAGGGCAUUGUAUUCGCUGUACAUAAAAGUUAUUGAAAUGGAGAUUUCUGUGUUUCAC